AUCACUCCCCGAAGGUCCAAAAGUCUGACCUUUUCCCUCCAAAUGGCUUCCUCCUCCACCGCCACUGCUUCCGCCUCCUCCUCCGCCGACGACACCGACCGCCACCACGGACUCGUCCCGUCGCCUCCUCCACCGACUCCGUCCAAUCACUCUCUCUCCAACUCUUUCCCCUCGGACGCCGACGCCUCUUUCUCCCGCCUUCUCCACCAGCUUCUCGUGCCGCCGGCCCUCUCCCAGCCCUCGCUCCCUCGUAGGAGGAGCCUGAUCGAACCGUAUCCUCCGGUCGUACCCUUCGAUCAUGCUCCAGAAAGUGGCCUCCUCCUCUCCGCCGCAUCUGAUUUCGGGUUUUUCCAUCUCUCUGGCCAUGGCGUCGAUGGUGACCUCGCCGCCUCCGCCCUAGACGAAUCAGAGUCCCUCUUCUGUUCCCGCUCGAUCUCCGUCAACAAUAUGGCAUCUGUCGGCUUUCACAACGAGGAUUUCGAUGACGGCGAUGGGGAUAGCAUCGACCGCGGCGGGCGAGAUCGUGUUUUGGUGUUGGAUGCGAGUGGAAACGGGGAGGGAGAAGUGUUAUCUUCUCUUCCGGCUUUGCGAGAGUUUGGCGAAUGCUUGCAGAAGUUGGGAUUUGCAGUCGUAGAGAUGCUGUCCUCCAUGGAAGAGGGGUUUUGCGGAAACCCUUUUCAGAAGGAGAUCUACAAGCCCAGGUGUUUGUUGUGGGUCACUUCGCAUGGAAAGGAUACAAAUACUGCUAGAUUUGGUCCUCAGAUGGCGAAGAGCAAGUGCUAUCCGUAUGUUGUGGGACUUCAGUAUGAAAUGAGAUGGUGGAGGAAACCGUACCGUGCCAUUGGUGAUUCAGGGGAGCUGAUCACCAUCACUCCCGUUCCUGAUUCCAUCCUUGUCACGCUUGGUGACAUUGCACAGGUCUGGAGCAAUGGCAAAUUCAAGAAGGUGAGGAGUAGGCCUCAACCAACUUCUGUGCCGUAUGAUGGCGGUGACGAUUCCAGUUGCAUAUCUUUGACAUUGCUCCUGACUUUGCAACUCGACUGCAUCAUCUCUCCACUCAUGCCAUCCCAAGAGGAGUGUAGUUUUGAUGACGAUGGCGGGGAUAAUGUCGGCGACAAUCGUAGAAGAAAGUUCCAUGGCUUCUGCUUGGAAGAGUAUGCUUGGAGAGUGUACAAUGAACGGCUCCCUGUUAAAGACCCACUGUUGAGGUACCGGACUUGAUUCAAUACCAUCCCAAUCUUUCUUCGUCGUCUGCAAAAUGUUUGUCGUGGCAUUUAUGUAGUUGUCAGGUUGUUUGGAAUGUUUCAAAUGUUAAAAAUUCACUUGUUGCUUGGCUUGUCGCAAUUUUCAAACAUUUGAGUAAAUUAUUUUGUGGGUUUCUAUGAAAUACUGUGAGGGGAAAAAGUUGGGGAAUGCCAGUUUUAGUAUUCAAGAUGACUUUGUUCU